CGUCUGCAGCCCUGGAUGCCCUGCGGGAGAUCCGUCUGGACAGGCUGACCGCUGAGCAGUGGCAGCAGGCCAACCUGACCACGGCGCUGUUUCAUGGACAGCCUCAGACCUUUCCUGCCCUUCGCCUCAACGCAGCUCUUGAGCUGCGUCAUCGACAACCUCAGCUGUGGCACCUACCAGUACAUGGUGAGUGUAUUCAGCCAUGGAUUUGAUCUCAUGGAUGAGAGUCACAGAGAGAGGAUUCUGGAAGAUUUCAUCAAGGUGUACCUGACCAACAACUCAGCAUGCCUCUCCAAUGACAGUGUGGAAUGGCUACAGACAAACCUUGGGCAAUUCUCAGGCCUUUUGAGCAUUGGUGAUCUGCUCCAACUCAACAUGAACUUCCGUCCCCUGUCAGCCCUUGCAGUCCUGUCUCCCCGUCAGAUAGCGGAGCUGAUGGUUCGUCCUUUCCCUGGUCUCCCAGGACAGGCUGAAGUCAUCAACGCCGUCUUUGACCACUUGACUGCAAAUGGACAGAAACUUCCAGAAGUCCUUCGUCCUCUGGUCACACUUUCCGAAGAGGUCAUGUUACCGUGUGGAGCCUAUGAAGCACUUUUUGAGCGGCUGUAUCACAUCCUGCCCUACGAACCUCGGGGGGUUGAACCUCUCGUUUGGGCCACCAUAGACGACCUGAUGCAAACAUCACCCAGAGACUGCAUACCUGUGGACCUGACUUGUCCCAUCACACCAUUUAACGACUCUGGAGUAUGUGCAGGCAUUGAUAGCUCUGCCCUUCAGAGUCACCUGGCAGCUGGAAUGAUCAUGUGCAACUACAGUGUGGAGCAGUAUGCCUGUGCCCAGCUGGGAGGGUUGAGUGCGGCAGACCUAGUCUCAGUGGUGCAGUGCCAGCUGUCCAAGGACGUGGUCCAGUCCAAGGAGUCGUGGAAGGUGCUGCUCACCAAGGCCUCAGCAGUUCUGGACGAGGCACUGGCCAUGCUGCCGAACAUGUCCUUCAGCGGUCCGUCAGUUCCUCUGGUCCUGGACGUGAUCAGAGAGAUGCGCAUCGACCUGCUGGACCCACCCGAGCUGCAGGACGUUGGCGUGGUCUCCGCCUGGUUCGGUCAACGCCUGCGGCCCUUCCUGCCCUCUGCCUCCAGCAUCUUCCUGCACUGCGUCAGCAGCAGGAAACUCAGCUGCGCCACCUACCAGCACGUGCUGGAGCAGUUCGGCCAUCACUUCGGUUCCAUGGAGAAGAGCCGUGCAAUGAUGGUGCUGAAAUAUUACAUCCGCCCCUUCCUGUCUAACUCAACAGCAGCGUGUGCCACGAACAAUAGCGCAGUGUGGUUGCAAGAGAACUUCGGGCCUUUCUCCGUGUUCGUCCCUGUCGCCGAGCUGGUCUCCUUCAACCCGCAGUUCAACCCGUUGGCCGUGGUGGAGGUCCUCUCCCCUGAGCAGACAGCUGAGUUGAUGGUGCUGGCCACACCUGGCCUUCCUGACAGACAGCAGGUCAUCGACAGCGUCUUCGACUACCUGCUGGCCGCACCCAUGCAGAACGGCCUGCCCCAGGUCCUCCAGAACCUGGCCACCCUCGUCGCCACGGUACCCUUGGAUUGUAGCUCCUACCAGACCAUUUUCAAGAGACUUAAUGGUGUUCUGACAUCAUCACCUGGCGCGCUGGAGCCAGUGAUCUGGGAGAGCAUUUAUGACCUCUCGGCAACAGCUCCAGCAGAUUGCCCACUGCUCAUGGCCAGUGACAAGUGUCCCAUCACCCCACACAAUGAAUCUGUGGUGUGCAAUGGAGUGAACAGCACACUUGUCCAGCAGUCUUUGGACAUGGGAAACGUGGACGUGUGUGGCUUCAGCAUCUCAGAGCUCGCAUGCGCUCAGUGGUCGAACAUAUCCGCGGCUCACCUGGUCACCCUGCUCCAGUGUCAGCUCUCCAGCGCUGGGCCCAGAGACGCAUGGAAGCUCCUCCUGACCAAAGCCUCCGCCAGCCUGGACCAGGCCCUGCAAGUCUUCGCCAACCAGACGGAGUCCAUUCAGAGUCCUUCCGUUCCGGUGGUUCUGGACGUCAUCCGAGAGGUCCAGUUGGACCGAUUCCGACCGGAGGAGUUGCAAGACGGUAACUUCAUGUCAGAGUGGUUCAUGGGACGGCUGCGGCCCUUCCUCUCCUCGGCGUCGCUAGGGUUCCUGAGCUGCAUCAGCAGCAAGAACCUCAGCUGCUCGUCCUAUCAGCGUGUACUCCAGGCCUUCAGUACGCAGCUGCCCCACAUGAGCCCUGCCCAGACGGACGCCAUCUUCUCGGACUUCAUCACACCCUUCCUGUCCAGGACCUCAGCUUGCGUCUCCAACAACAGUGCCAUAUGGCUUCAGAGCAACUUGGGGCCGUUUUCUGUCCUGGCAAACACGUCUGUUCUGCUUCAACUCAAUGACCUCUUCAAGCCGUUGGAGGCGCUGGCCGUCCUCUCCCCUGGUCAGGUGGCGGAGCUGAUGGUGGCACCCCUGCCUGGACUCACCGAUAAAGAGGUCGUCAUAAACACGGUGUUCGACUACCUGGCUGCAGCGCCUGCGGACCAUAAGCUUCCGGAUGUCCUCCAGAGCCUCAUCACGCUUUCUGCACAAGCGGGAGUCAUCCCCUGCUCCUCCUACAAAGUCAUGUUUAACCGGAUGGAUCAGCUCAUCCCCGUGGUGACUGUAGCCCUGGAGACGGCCAUCGCCGCCGCCAAGACCACCCUCCUCACCAGAGUCCCACCAGGUUGUGUUAUCUACAGUGGAGAGUGCAAUGUCACUCCGAUUGAUGAGACGGCAAUCUGCCUCAAUAUCAACAGCACUGCAUUACAGCUUCACCUGGACAACAAGCAAGGGUCCAGCUCUCUGUGUGGCUUCAGCAUGGCACAGUACGCAUGCGCACAGCUGUCCACUUUGACGGCUCAAGACCUGGUGACAUUGUUAACCUGCAAAACGAGUGAGGAUCAUCCCAAAGCGACCUGGAAGCUUUUCAUCACCAAAGUCAAUCCCAUCCUGGGUCAUGCCCUCGACCUCUUCAACAGCACGAAGCUCACUGCCAGUCCCGCCGUCUCGAACGUCCUGGACGCAAUCGGCGAGGUCACCUUCAGCAGUUUCAGUGCUGACCACGUGCGGGACGUCGCGUAUGUGAACCGCUGGUUCGGGAUGCGCCUGAGGCCCUUCCUGUCCUCCGUCACCCCAUCCUUCCUCUCCUGCUUGGCCACCAAGGACUUCAGCUGCCAGACCUACCAGAAUGUUGUGCAGGCCAUGGGGCAGGUGUACGGAGAAAUGCUCAACUCUACUCUGGUCUACACGGACUUCAUCGAGGUCUUCCUCAACAAGUCAGCCUGUACCGAUGGCGUUGCAAACAGUGCUGACUGGCUGGAGAAGAACUUUGGGCCGUUCUCAGCCACUGCCUCUGUUGUGGACAUGCAGAGACUGCAUGGCAGCUUCAAUCUGAUUGAGGCCCUGUCCCUACUGGACCUGAGGCAGCUGGUGGAGGCCUCCGCCACUCCCGGCCUGCUGACCAGCCCCGCCGACGUCACCGCCCUGCUGGGAUACGUCCCCGACCAGCUGCUGGCCAGCUACUUCGACAUGCUGGCUCCAGCCGCCCAGGGAAAUCCAAUCGCUGCACCCCUCCGUUCAGUCAUGCUGCAGCAGGUGUUCAACCGUGCCAAGUUGUCGGAGUCGUCCGUGCCCGACACUGAGGUGCUGGUGUGGCUAAACGACCGCAUGACGUUCCUGUUGCCCAAUCUCUCGCCCAGCCAUGUGGCACCGUACUUCGACAUCAUUAGAGUGCGACAGUGCAACACCAGCCAGCAGGCUGUGGCCCUUCUGAACGGUACCUUGGCCACGCUUGAGGAUGACACUCAGACCCAGGUGUCCGGCCAAAUCAUAUCGUUACUCACAGAGCCCUCCCCUCUGCGUUGCUAUGGCAGCGGAAGCUUCUACUCCUUCCUGGAGACGUCCUUCAUGGGCUUCCAGUUCCCUAUCCUGACCACCUUCCUCUCACUCAUGCCAGCCAGCCGCAGGACAGAGCUGAUGAACUCCAUCCCACCAGCCCACCUGGGCAGCUUCCUGCGCAGGCCGGGCGCUGUGGACGACAUGGGCAAACUCUGCCAGGUCUUUGAUGGCUACACUGAGACACUGCAGUUCCUGGAAACGGAGAAGGUUCCGGAGAUGGUCCAGCCAUACGUCCUGCCUUGUGUGUGGCCCCGGGCCCUGGUCGCUGACUCUGCUGAGGUUGACCGCUGGUUCGGCGCCGGACUGAGCUCCUAUCUCCGCUUCCUCAACAAAGACCUCAUCAGCUACGCCACGCUCCAGAACUCAAACUGUCUGGCCUUCAGGAAGUUUGUUGCUGUGGCAGGAAACCUUAACUACAGCUCCGCUGCCUUCACCCAACGGGAUGUGUACUCAACAAUACAGAGCUACCUCUCCAUAGCCCCAACACCAAGGUGCUACAACACGUCUGUUCCUGACCUGGCCUCCACCGCCUGGUUCGCCAACUACAUCAACAUCUUCAUCACAUUCAUCUCCCUGGAGGAUCUCGGCGCUUACGGAGGCACAAGUCUCCAACCCUUCACCACCAACCUGGCGAACCUCCAGCUGUUCAACCAAACCUCCCUGCCGCAGAGCGUCACCACCUUCUACGUGGAGUUGCUGUACUUGCAGAACCCCACCUUCAACGCUAUCCAUCUCCCUCUUGCGUUCCGCUGUGCGGCCCCUGCCAUGGGCUUCUCCAAUCUGACUCUGGGCGAGACCAUGGCCAUCACCUCCAUCCUCUACGACUCCUGCAGCAAUAUUGACGAUGACGUAUGUGUUCCCCUUCAUUUUCAUGUUUCUGUGAGAGAAAGAUAG